CACCGGGUCGGGGGCCCGGGGGCCAUGGAGCUGCUGUCGGCGCUGAGCCUGGGGGAGCUUGCGCUCAGCUUCUCGCGGGUGCCCCUGUUCCCCGUCUUCGACCUCAGCUACUUCAUCGUCUCCAUCCUCUACCUCAAGUAUGAGCCCGGAGCGGUCGAGCUGUCACGGCGCCACCCGGUGGCCUCCUGGCUGUGCGCCAUGCUGCACUGUUUCGGGAGCUACAUCCUGGCGGACCUGCUCCUCGGUGAGCCCCUCAUCGACUACUUCAGCAACAACUCCAGCAUCCUGCUGGCCUCUGCUGUCUGGUACUUGAUUUUCUUCUGCCCCCUGGACCUCUUCUACAAGUGCGUCUGCUUCCUGCCGGUGAAACUCAUCUUCGUGGCCAUGAAGGAGGUGGUGAGAGUGCGCAAGAUCGCCGUGGGCAUCCACCACGCCCACCACCACUACCACCACGGGUGGUUCGUCAUGAUCGCCACCGGCUGGGUCAAAGGCUCUGGCGUUGCCCUCCUGUCCAACGUCGAGCAGCUGCUCCGAGGGGUCUGGAAGCCGGAGACCAACGAGAUCCUGCACAUGUCCUUCCCCACCAAGGCCAGCCUGUACGGGGCCAUCCUCUUCACCCUCCAGCAGACGCGCUGGCUGCCCGUGUCCAAGGCCAGCCUCAUCUUCAUCUUCACCCUGUUCAUGGUUUCCUGCAAGGUGUUCCUGACAGCCACGCACUCCCACAGCUCCCCGUUUGACGUCCUGGAGGCCUACGUGUGCCCUGUGCUGUUCGGGACGGGCUCCGGGGGUGACCACCCCCAGGACAACCAUGGCGCCUGGCCCGGCGGGCCCCCCUCUGGGGCCCUGGCCACCAAGUCCAAGGAGGAGCUGAGCGAGGGCUCCAGGAAGAAGAAGACCAAGAAGGCGGAUUAGAGGGUGGGUGUGGGGGGCCACGGAGGAGAGGACCCGACCCCAGGACCCUCGGAGCUGGGGAGCAGCCUGGGCUCAGAUCCUCCCGUCUGCCCACCGGGGCCAUCAUCCCACCCUCCAGGGGUGGUGGGGAGGAGUCAGGAGACCUGGGGCUGGAGGAUUUUGUUAGGAUUGGAGGGUUGCACCCCACCAGGUCCUCUUCCCCGUUCUCGGCUUUUGGGAGGGGCACACAGAACCCCUUGGGAGCCACCCCUGCCCGAAACCCUAACUGUUCCUUCCUCCUUGCCCCUUUGCCUCCAACAAAAGGAAUGAGGCUCGUUCCUUUCAUGGGUAUUUCCUGUGCACCUGCAGCCGGCCAGGUGCUGUGGUUUCCAAGUCGCUCCUUAGCCAGGCCGCUCCGUGGUUAGACUUCCCCCCUCUCCGACCCGCCGAUGCCCAGGCUGUGCUGUCUCCCUAGGCCAGCUGCCCCCCUUCCCUGAGCCUCAGCCCUGUGUGUCCCCAUCUGCAGAACGGAGACCCCCCGGCCCCUCGUCUCUUUAAGGCUGGACUUGGAAAAAGCCCGCUGAGCUCAGGAACAGCCCUGCAGGCGAGACUGGGAGAUCCCGGUUGACUUUUAGGUCGUCUGUGUUUGUGGGCCACAGGCACUUCCACAGUACGUGGCACGAGGAAGGCCUCCACCACGCUUGCCUGGGGCGGGGGGGCUAAGAACUGAGAGGGUGCGCGAUUCUGCUCCUUGGCUUCAGGUCACCCCUGAACCAAAGCAAUGUAGCCGGCUGGUGUGCAGUGGGGUCGGGGUGGGGGUCCCAGAUCCAGCUGAACUCUCACGGUUAGGCCCUGGAAGCGUCAGGCCUCCCUCAUGCCAGAGUCUUGCUCAUUCAUUCAUUCAACAAACACACAGAUGCCUAUGCUGUGUUCAGCCUUGUGCUGCCACUGGGCUGGGCUGGGGGCGGGGGUGGGGGGUGAUAGCUUCAGGGUCCUUCUCGGCCUCCCCAAACUCAUCCCAGGUCCUGGUGUGGGCGUGGCCAGUCUCUCAAGGGAGACGUAGCCCCACCCACACCAGGUGGGGGAGGGGGAGCCCCAGGUGUUGCCUGGCUAUUGGAGAGUGCCUUUUUUUGGGUAACACCUGGAAGUUGGGUGGGCCCCAAGACUGUGAGUUCCCCAGUGUCAGCCCUGCACGUCCACUGGAGCUCGGGUAGAGGGCUCAGCCAAUAAAACCGUCACGAAUGAACCCUCGUGGCUCGUCCGAUUCAUCUGUAGGCUUUUUUUAGAAUUUUUAUUUAUUUAUUUAUUUUUGACAGGCUGAGUGGACAGU